AUGCUCACCAAAACACCGCCUCAGCUGAAUCAACUUUUUGAGGAGAUGGCAGAGCAGGGCUAUGACUGGGGAACUGCGAGGAGAUCGAGACGAGCACCAGGACGGGGUGUGCAUGCUGUAUCCACACAGUCAUCUGAUCUGGUGCAGGUGGUAUCAAAGCUGGUUUCAGCUAUUGAUCGUUAUGGAAUGAUUGCAGGUACCAGACAACAGCAGGUGAUGCUCUGCCAGUGGUGUGAGAGUUCUCAUCACAUCGUGGAGGAUUUCCAGGCGAUGAGGGAGUCUUCAACUCACCAGGAGCACCUGGACUUCAUCGGCAAUGCCAUGCGCUUCGAACCCUACAGCAACACUUACAACGAGGGGUGGCGCCAGCAUCCCAACUUCUCCUAG